AAAGCGUCUGCAUGAAAAAGCACCUUAACUAUUAAAAUAAAAAAAGUAAAUCGAAACAUAACCAUGUGGUAAAUUUAAAAAUAACUUACUGUUUAUUAUUUUCAAAUAAUCAUUUUAAUAGCAAUAGUAAUUUUUUCGAAUGCGGAAUUUAUUUGAAAAAUUGAUAACGCCAGUGAAUAUAAAAAUAUACCGUAAUUUAAAGACAUCUCCAACAAUGGCGAAGAGUAAAUUUGAGUAUGUGAGGGAUUUUGAACGUGAAUAUAUUGGCAUGUCAAAUAACUGGAUCGUCGUAAGAGUAGAUGGCAAAAAUUUUUCAAAAUUUUCGAUUGAUCAUCAAUUUUUAAAACCAAAUGACAUUAGAGCACUGGAACUGAUGAAUCAUUCAGCGGCUGCUGUUAUGAAUGAAUAUCCUGAUAUUGUUUUGGCAUAUGGGCAAAGUGACGAGUAUUCGUUUGUUUUUAGAAAAGAAACCGAAACUUACAAUCGUCGAGAAUCAAAAUUACGGACGCUCGUGAGUACUCUUUUCGCGGCAACGUACGCGUCCCAUUUGCCAAAAGUUGGUUUAAUCAAUUUGAAAUAUCUGCCGUAUUUUGAUUCCCAAGUCUUACAUAUUCCGUCAAAUGAAAAUUUACGAGAAUAUUUGUCAUGGCGACAAGCUGAUUGUCAUAUUAACAAUUUAUACAAUACAUGUUUUUGGAAUCUAGUGCAGAGAAAAAAUAUGACCCUCGAGGAGGCACAAGAAGCUCUAAAAGGAACAGACACCAGUGAUAAGAAUGAGUUGCUCUUUCAUACUUUUAAUAUAAAUUACAAUAAUGAGCACGAAAUGUUCCGCAAAGGUUCCACGUUAAUUAAAAAAUCAUUACCCGAUGAUAAUGGUAAAUUUAAACCAACGGUAAUAACUUUAACUUGCGAUCUAAUAGGAGAUAAAUUUUGGGAAGAGAAUCCCCAAAUCUUAGAUCCUAAAGCUCACAAAAAUAAAACCAAAGGAGCUAAAAACGAAUGUUUCAGUUUGGAAUCAAUUGUCUCAGCAACCACAAAAAAAUGUCGUAAUUCAAAAACAUCUUUAAGAUUGGCAAUCACUGAUUCCGAGUACGUGCCAAAUUUUGAGCAUAAAAACAUUUGCCUGCCAAAUUGCUGGAUCGUCGUAAGAGUAGAUGGCAAAAAAUUCUCUAAACUUUCGAAUGAUCAUCAAUUUUUAAAACCAAAUGACAUCAGAGCACUUGAGCUGAUGAAUCAUGCAGCUGCUUAUGUUGUGAAUGAAUUUCCUGAUAUUGUUUUGGCAUAUGGACAAAGUGACGAGUAUUCGUUCGUUUUUAGAAAAGAAACCGAAGCUUACAAUCGUCGAGAAUCAAAAAUUAUGACAUACGUAAGUACACUUUUCGCGUUUGCGUACACGUACAAUUGGUCAAAAUUUUUUUCAAUCCCUUUGAAAUAUCCACCGUCUUUCGAUGCCCGAGUAAUUAUCUAUCCGUCAGACGAAAAUUUACGAGAUUAUUUGUCAUGGCGACAAGCUGAUGUUCAUAUUAACAAUUUAUAUAAUAUAUGUUUCUGGAAUCUAGUGCAGAAAAAAAAUAUGACUCCUGUGCAGGCACAAGAAGCUCUAAAAGGAACAGUCAGCAGUGAUAAGCAUGAGCUGCUCCUUCAUACCUUUAAUAUAAAUUACGAUAAUGAGCUUGAAAUGUUCCGCAAAGGUUCCACGUUAAUUAAAAAACUAUUACCCGAUGAUAAUGGUAAAUUUAAACCAACGGUAAUAAAUUUAACUUGCGAUCUAAUAGGAGAUAAAUUUUGGCAAGAGAAUCCCCAAAUCUUGGAACGUAAAGCUGAUGAGAAUAAAAUCAACGAAGCUAAAAAAAUACUUCAGUUUAAUGUAAAAAUUUCUUAAACGAAAAUAAAAUUUUUGAUACUUAAGUUUGUUUAAUAAACAGGUAAUUAAUUAAGCAGA